AUGGACUAGUAUUCUGGAGUCUCUAUAUUCAAAAUGGAGAGGUAUUUUUUGCUCAAAUGCUGCACCUACAAUGGUUGGUCCUGGAUCCUGGCUAGAGAAGAGAUAGGGAAUGCAUAAGAUUCCUUAUCAAUACUAUAUUUCAAUGAAAAUUUAGAAAGUCCGAUAGAAUAUUUGCUAGGUCUUCCAUAAUCAAAUAGAAUUUCUGGAACAGGCAAACACUACAAUAUCUAUGGGAAUUAUUUAAACAAAUCAGCACCAUUUGCGGGUAUAUAUAGAUUAAUCCAGUUAGAAAAUAAUGUACUACUCUAGAGAGCAGAAUCAAUAACUUAUUUUACAAAGAAUUGCUUGGGGGAAUGUAAGCAUUGUCGAAUCGAUAAAAUUGGUUGCAUUCCAACUAAGAUCGAAAAUGAUUUAAGAGGUACUUGCUUUGAAGAAUAUGGUGAUUAAAAGAUACUUAACUUAGACUUCUCAAAGAAUAAAAAUGAUCUCAUUAUAUACAGUGCUAAGAGAAACUUGUAAUCAGAUUUUGAAAGCGAAAAUAAAUUAUUCUACUUGGGGCCUGAUAGUAAAAACUCAAGUUAAAUGCCAAAGAAAAUAGGAUUUCAAGGUUAUUACUUCAAUGGGGAAUAAUAUAUCACAUCGGUUGAUGAAAUUCAACUAACUUCAAGCUUUACAAUAGAAACUUGGUUUAAAUUGACUGAACUCUAUCCUGAUAAUCGCUAAGAUAUAGAUUAAAGAUACUCAAUCAUUAAACUUAUUCAAACAUCUGGGACAAACUAAAAUUUAAAAUUAAAUCCCUAAAGCAGCCCCUAUUUUUCAGUUUCUUUUAUCAACAGUAGAAAUGAGAAACUUUGA